GUGGAAUUUGUUCUGGUCAGUUUUCAGGCUGAAGUGUGCCUGUGCGCCCGCUCUGAGAGCUGCUUUACUUUCUAGGAGAAAGAGGAAGCAGAUCCGCCCUCAGAAGCUGUCUGAAGGCCGAAGAGAGAAAAGAAGCGAGCGACACAGCCCGCAUCGACCCGCAAACUAACGCAGAGGCUCGGAGCUCCUCAGUUGUUGUAUCGUCGGAUGGACGGCGGGACUGCGGCGGGACUCCGGAUCUCAGGUGUGGCGCUGAACGCGGCGGCUGUGUGUUGUAGAAAAUGCGCUUCAUGUGAAGAAGUUUGAGUUUGAAGCUGCAGCGGCCAGGUCCUCCAUGCUGGUGUCUUCUGCUAACAUCAACGUGAACGGGCGGAGUUUCUCGACUACUUUGCUUCGGAGUUUGGUUUGACUUUAGCUGCUGGUGGCGGAACUGAGACGGGACUCAGGCCCUGGAAGGUUUUUGAUCAGGACAGAGCCCAGUUCAAAACCAGGAUGAGCGGAGACGAGGAAAGAUUCAAACUGGUGGUGGUGGGAGGAGGAGGGGUGGGGAAGAGCGCCCUGACCAUCCAGUUCAUCCAGUCCUACUUUGUGUCAGACUACGACCCCACCAUCGAAGACUCCUACACCAAGAUCUGUACCGUGGACGGAAAGGAGACCCGGCUUGACAUCUUGGAUACAGCAGGUCAGGAGGAGUUUGGGGCGAUGAGGGAGCAGUACAUGCGCUCAGGAGAAGGCUUCUUACUGGUGUUUGCGCUCAACGACCGGGGCAGCUACCAUGAGGUCCAGAAAUUCCACACCCAGAUCCUGAGAGUGAAGGACCGAGAUGACUUCCCCAUGGUACUGGUUGGUAACAAGGCUGACUUGGAACAGCAGAGAGUGAUCUCCAGGGAGGAUGCUCAGGCGUUUGCCAGAGAGAACAGGAUCCACUACAUGGAGUCUUCGGCCAAGAAUCGCUAUAACGUGGAUGAGGUCUUCUUGGAGCUAGUGCAAAUUAUCAGAAGGUUUCAGGAGAUGGAGUGUCCUCCUCCUCAGGCUCAGCACACAGGCAAAAAGAAGAGUGGUGGCUGUCCCUGUGUCCUCCUCUAAGUACUGUUACCAUGGACACCAAAGCCUCGUCUUUCUACAGCUUGUCCAAAAAGGAGUGUGUGUAAAUGUGUGUGUGUGUGUGAGAGAGAGAGAGAGAGAGAGAGGGUGCAUCAUUAUUUUCCAAAUGGUUUAAUUUGCACUUUUGCCAAAAAGCAUCUUUUAAAUCAGUAUAAUCUUUUAUUUUAUUUUAACAAGAGGAUCUGAAGGGAGAGGUACCAGCAGCAGCAGUUAGUUAGUUUGGUGGAGAAACAGGAAGUCAGUACUGUGGGCAGGGUACUAGUGACACGGAGUGUCCACAAUUAGAAAUAUCAUCACACUGUCUCUUGUUGUAGAAAUGACCAAACUGCUGUUAGAACAGACAGGUACAGAUGUCAGCAGUGAUGUCAUCACCACACAGCUGACUGUGUAAGGGAUAUCACCCGAACAAAUUUCUAUGAAUACUAUGUCUUUAAUGUACAAAAAUGUGCAUGUAACAUUUCUACUUGGCACGCACGCCCACAGACAAGACACAGCGUCCAUGUGCUGUCAUGUUCCAGGCCUCCUGCAGGGGGCAGCAGAGCCGAGGAAACGUAGCAGCAGUUCCAGACUGUAGUUGUGUUUCCAGCCGCUGUGUUUGUCUUUUGUUGCCUCCUCCCCAUCUUUCCACUUGUGUUGCUAUAAUGAGACAGAAUACUGAAAACAUUAAAAACCAGGUGAAUUCAAGGGCCUGAUCAGAUUGUACAUGAUCCAGAUCAGACUGUUUCAGUACGGGAACUCCUGGUGCCUUGGUCUCUCACAGCCUACACUAGCUGGAUGAGGAAGUGUAUAAAUUGGAUAAAUGUCAGGUUACAUGAGAUCAUGACAGAAGAAUGUGUUUCUGUGUUUGCACAUUUCAACAUUUGACACAAAUACGCCCUCAGUGUUCUUUGGUGGACUGCUACUAAUUUCCCAUUCAUUUAGUUUUUACACCCGCAUCAUCAAUGUGUAAAGAUGUUUGGUCAGAAAUCAACACUGACCACAAAGACAACACAGUUGUAAUGAACUGCUAGCAGGUUAAAGUUCAUUCUUACAAAAUAAUCAAGCUCAAGGUUCACUUACUAGCUUUCUCCAGAGCUAUCAACUGCUUCGAAUUGUCUUCAUGGGGAAUUCAAGUUGUUGAGAAGGUUCACUUGUCAUCACAUGACCUAAGUGUGGAACUUCAUUCACAUAAUGGCAGGGGGUCAUAUGGGUGGAGAUGGAAAACCCUGCCUCUCUUCUAAGAUGGCCUCUGGUGUCAGACCUGAAUGAUCUCUGACUCCUGCUCAAUGUCCUCUGGUCUCUCAUCCAGGCUCCUUGUGUUCCCCACAGCUGUUGCACGUUGGUCCUGACUUUAGGGUGUAGCAGCAGAUCUUAAGAUGAUGAGUGGAUGGAGGUGCUGGCUCUGUGAGACUUGGAGCCUCUGGUUAGAUGUUCUGCUUCUGCGGGUCCCUGGUCACCAUAUAUGACCUGUUGCCAAGUGACUGCGUUUUUCAACGAAGCCAUCUGCAUGACAACUGAGCAAGUGUUAUUUACUAACGAAGACAGGGAUAUGAGGUUGAAACUUGCUGAAAAGCUAAUAAGAGGGCUUUAAGUUAAGACUGUGGGCGGGAAGAUGUGUUUUUUCAGUCUUGAUGGUGUGUAAUAUUCUAGUAUUUUCCAACAUAUCACAUUUGAGAUUUUUAUUCCCUGUAUUCCUGGAAUACAGGGUGUGUUUGUUUGUUCUUUUUUCCCACUAUUAUUUCAUUUGGACUCCGAGGUGCAGCCUAACUUUACAGACUUGUGAGAUCUAUGCCCCCACCCCUGCUCCCAAUGCAGUAGCCCCAACCAACCAGUAGAGGUCACUAUUGCAGCCACAGAGAUGAGCAACCGGCAGUCCUCCCCAUCUUGCCAUACACAGAUCUUUGCCAAUUGCACAUCCAGACAAGAUGAUCCAGGGCCUGUGGUGUCAUGUCCUGUGAUCUUCAAUUGGUAGUGCAACAAUCAAAAAAAAAACCCAAUCCAAUUCACAUCUUCACGCACCUUCUUCAUUGCUUUUUAUUUGCAUUGGAGGAUUAACUCAAGAUGAUGCACACAAGAAAAAAAAAAUCUCAGUAUUUUUUCAAAUCCAGUUUGAUAUGUGACCUUUGUAAUGCUUCGGGCUGUUUGGUUUCUCUUCUUUUUCUUUUUCAUGAGAAUUCCUAUUUAUAUCUACCUUACCUAUUCACAUCAUCAGUUUUAUAUUGAAAUAAAAGUCAAACCCUUUUAUACAUGAUUAAAACAUUUACUCAAACUUG